ACUGGUUGCCGGUCGACCCCCCCUUUUGAACUGGGUUGCAGAAGGUUGACGAUCAUUUGCUCUCUCGAAUCCGACCCGGUCAGAACGCAAAACCUAAGCGCGCCACUCGAAAGCCGUCGUUCGGUCAGUUAUAAUUUUAGUUAUUUAAGGAAAUUUUCCGCGCGCAACCAAUUCGUCCGGGCGUUGGAAUUUUCGUUUGUCAGUUUUUAUGCAUCAAUCGGUGGCAUUUCUUUAGCUAGAAGAGUGAUAAUUUAAUGUGUUCCGUCUUUAGAAUAAGCUCAAUCAUUAAAGUGUAGUUAGUGCGAUAGAAUUUCGAAAUUGAUUAAAGUAGGAAGAUGUCAAUUUUUGUUCGUUAAGAAGGGACCCGGAAGUGUAAUUGUUGGGUCAAAAUGGCCGUCCUAUUCCGUCCCUGGCUGCUGCUGCUGACGGUGGCCUGGGUUUUGUGUCUGUUGGCCGUAAGUUCGGCCGAUGGCUUCCGGCUGAAAGACUACGGAGUCGAUGAGGAUCAACGUCAGUCGAUGGCAACUUCCAGGAAGAAGAUCCAGCUGCGGAGAGUCGCCAUGGAGCAGGUGGUGCACAAGAAAAAGAGCGUACUGCAGCGGCUAGAGAAGGACGAGGAUGAUGAAGAUGAGGACGACGAUGAAAACGAUAACGAAGACGACGACGACGACGAUGACGAGAAGGUGGCCGAGAGCAAGUACAAGUUCGAGAGAGUGAGAAGAAGCUACCACGUGGAGCCGAAAGAGAAAUCGUCGAAGUACUCGGUGGAGUCGAAGAAGCUCGGAAAGAAAGAUGCGUUUAGAAAACUCAAGCCAGUAGAUGAGGAUGACGACGAUGAAGAUGACGAUGAAGAGGCAGAGAAGUCGAUUUUCAACCUGUUCGGGUUGCUGGGAUCGAAGAAAGCGAAAGAUGACGACAAUGAACAGCCGGAAACAAAACAAAAGGAAUCUAAGAAGGCUGGUAAAACUGACGUUGAAGAUCAAGACGAUGAUGAUGGUGACGACGACGACGAUGAAGAGAAAGACGACGAUGGAGGCAUGUUUGGAUGGUUGACAGAUUUGAUUGGGGGUAAAGACGAUGGUGAUGAUAAAAACGACGAAAAGGAUGACGACGACGAUGACGAAGACAGUGCAGACGAUGAAGAAGGUGUCGGAUUCUUCGGUUGGUUGAAAAAGCUAGCAGAAAAGGGUGACGAAGACGUACCGGAUCAUGACGACGACGAUGAUGAUGAUGAGGACGACGAGAAAGACGAAGAACGUGAAAAGGAGAACCCUUUGAUUAACUUUGUGAGUAGUUUCUUAGCAACCGACAAAGAGGAGUCCAGUGAGGAAGUUAAAUUCGAACCAGUCGGGGAGGAGAACGAAGACGAUGAUGACGACGACGAUAACGAAGACGCAGACGCCAUCAAAAAGGCUAAGAAAGCUAAGGAAUCUAAAAUUGUUCAACUUCUCAACGCAAGCCCCCUGAACAACCUCUUCAAGGCCGAGGACCUACCGAAGGAAUCGACCAUUGGAACUGACCCGAAGAAGAUCAAGAAACUGCAGCAAACACCUUCGAAAGUUGUUAAGGAACGUUUCGAGAUCUCGGCUGAAGACUUUGAAUCGCUUCUUCUGAGGAUUCCGUCCUUCGUUCCGGACUACUCGAAGCUUCCGAACAACGAAUGUCGUCGACAAGGACAGAUUUUCAAACGACAGCUUCGAGGCAAGCGUCUCUGGGCUCUACAGAUGAUCGACGCCUCAGCUAAGCUCACAUCCGGAGUUCUCCGAGGCAACGCUAACCAAUUGGGAGACUUUGAUCUGUGCACAGGAAUCGCCACCAAAAUAAACGUUAAAGAGGACGAUCAAGUUCGCAUGAAGGGCAAAUACUGUCUGGCUCACAUCGAUAUCGUAGCCGAGGAAGAAGACCUCAAGCUUCCUGUCCACCUGCUUCAGGGACGAGGAUUCAUCAAGAGUACUCUCAAUGAUCCGGAUCACUUCCUGCCUCGCUUUACCACAAUCAAUUGGGGUCUCUGCCUUCCGGCGGCAUGUGAUCACGAAGAUGCCGUCGGAAUUGUGAGGAACUUUGUUAAACCUUAUAACACCACCGGAGUUAAGCUGUUUCUGGAGAUCGAGGAGGGUAACUGCCACAUUCGGACUCCAUCCGGGUGGAUUCGAUUGUUCAAGGAGCACUGGCAGCUCGUUGGAUCACUAGGUUUCUACACUUUCGUCGUGGUCAUUGCUCUGGUUGCCUCACUCAACGACGUCGGGAUCAUCAAGAUCGAACCUCAUCCAAAAACCUCAUCCUCAUCCGAAGCCACCGAUUCAGAAGAAGCUAGCACCGAUUCUAACCUACUCCAUCAGGCUUUGAUGUGCUUCUCGUUGAAGCGAACCCUUCGCCAACUUCUGGGAACCGAAGAUCAAACCGUCCAGGGUAAGGACGUGGUUGGCUGCCUGGCCGGGUUGAAAACCCUUGCCACGGUGGCCCUUUUUGCUGCCCUUAGGGUAAUUCCAAUGGGCUUCCAACCGUUCACCAAUCGGAACGAGUUCACCGAAACCUUCAACUCCCAGUGGAGCGUAGCCGUGCGGGUGUUCAUGCUGUAUGCGGACGUUUUCCUGCUGGUCAGCGGUUUCCUGGCUGCCUAUCACAUGGUAGCCGAGUGGCAGCAGAAGCAGAAGGUGCCCUGGUUCCGGUGGAUCAUCGGGCGUUAUCUUCGAUUGGCCCUCCCUCUGGUACCGGUGUUGAUCUUCUACUCCUGGGUUUGGGAGCACCUUGGAAAUGGUCCUCAAUGGGGAGAUGUCGUGAUAAAAAAUGCCAACUUGUGUAAGCACAACUUCUGGGACAACCUGUUCUUCACUCAGAAUUGGGAUCCUGUUGAAGAAUCUUGCGCUCCUCACACCUUCCAGCUGGCCAUCGAGAUGCAACUCUCGAUCCUGGCACCAUUCCUCCUCAUCGUUCUGACCAAGAGUCCCUUCUACGGAGCUGCUGCCUACGUUGCCUUGAACGGCCUCUCAACUGCCAUGCGUUUUGUUUCAACUUCCGAAGAUCGUCUUUCCCCCUACAUCUACCACGGAAUCCGCCUCACCCAAAUCUACCGCACCAUAAACCAAAGUUUCUCGGAAACCCUGCACCGAGCCACUCCCUACCUCGCAGGUUUCGGACUCGGAUAUCUCCUCAGGGAAACCACUCUCCAGAAACACGAUCGCGGAAUCAACGCCAGCGGAUGGAUCGGAAUGGCCAUCGGCCUCGGUUGGUGCUUCAUCUUCCCUCUGGACACCGGCUCCAAGGACUUCCAGUACGAGCUAGGAGACGCAGCCCAAUACGCAGCCCUCGCUCCCCUCUCCUUUGCCCUCAGCAUUUGCUGGAUCAUCUACUAUUGCGUUACCAAUCCGGAAAGCCCACUAAACCGGAUCCUCAGCUGUCGUCUAAUGCAGUUCUUCGGAAAGCUCUCCUACUCGAUGUCCCUCAUCCAGUUCCUAGUAUUCUUCUACUUUGCUGGAACGACUCGCGGUAGCGAACAAUUCACUCUGGCUGGAUACUUCAACAGAGCUGAAAUUUGUCUCCUCAUCAGUGGAUCAAUUGUUUUAACUCUCCUGUACGAUCUCCCGGUCCAGAACAUCAAAACCAUUCUCGAUCGGUCCGGCGUUUUCGAUCGAAUGGAAAAGAAGGACAAUUCGGUUGUGGAACUUGAUACACCUAAGACCGAGGGCGAAACAGACAGUCAGCUGAGUGCGGAAGUUGAUUCGGCGAAACCGGCGGAGGAAGACUUCGCUAGCCCAUUCGAUGAAAAGGAUCCGGACGAUUGUGGACCGCGGAUGGUUUGGAAGCGUAGUGCUACACCCGAACCGGAGGAGUCCACCGGAAAAGGCUUCUGGGGUGAAGAGGAAGAAGAAACCCCGACGUUUACGCUCAAAUCGAAAUCACCGGACAAAGCUAGCGUAGAGGAACCCGCAGCGAAGGAAGAGGAAGCCGAAGAGGAAGAGGAAGCUGAAGAAGAAGAGGAAGAAGAAGAAGAGGAGGAGGAAGAGGAAGAAGACGAAGAAAAAGAAGUGAUCCAUCGACCGACGACAACGUCCACAUCUUCGGGCAGUCAAUCCACGGAAGGCAAAAAACCAGCAGCAGCCGAAGCAGAAAGCAGCCCUUCACCGCCACGAACGUCUCGAUUCGCAUCCUCCGGGAGUCGAUUCGCGUUGAAAACUUCCCCGAGUCCACCGCCUAGGCGACGCCAAUGGCGCAGCUGGGAUCUCCAGGACGAUUAGAAUCAAGUUAUUAGGAAGAAACAAAUUUCUUUCGAUUUAAAGUUUGCUGACUGAAAUUGGAACGGUUGGUUUAUUCAAGGUUUCCUAAAUUCUAAAAUGAAAAAGGAGUAGAAACAAUGGAAAUCUAUUUACAAAGCUGACGACAAAUAUUGUCCCAAGACAUACCUACAUACAGUUAAUAAUUUUGAACUUUGACAAUGCCCAAAUUUCGAGACGGAAAAUUAAAACCAGUUGCUAGUAGCUAAU